CCCCAAGCAAAGAGCUUUUUCUUUCUGAAAGCUAUCUGUGUCCAAAGUUCUUACCUGAAGCUCACUUCACUUGCCAUGGAUUGAAGAGAGCUUGCUAGAAAACACAGAGGCCACAUACCCUGUUUCCACCACUUGAUCCCCUCACCACAUUGCAGAUAAUUUCUGAAUAUAUAUCCAGAAGCUAGCUGCCUGCCAGAGGUACCUAUACAUGUGUGUUCUACUGUAUUUGGGGCGAGAGUGCAGCCAUGUAAGAGAUAUCUGAAGCUUCUUCACCUAAUUUGCUGGUCCUUCCUAUAAAUACACAGAAAUUCGUUAUGCCUCGACAGGAAAUUUUUGUGCAUAGCGUCGGGCAGGCAGUAGAUAGAAUAAUUCCUUACUUGGAGAGCACUGCACACAAGGCCGUCUACUUUGAGGGAUGGAACGGACUGGCUGCUUCUGCGGUGCUGAGAGCAAUAGCAGACAGGCCUCCUCCAUCUCUGACUAAGAAAUUUGACAAGAUUAUCCACAUUGACUGCUCAAGAUGGAAGAGCCGAAGAGAUCUCCAGAGGGCAAUUGUAGAUGAACUUAAGCUCCCUGGAUAUGUAGUGGCUCAACUUGACAGGCAAGACGAGGAGGAUGAUUUCCUUGGGGUAGAGCAAGCCUCUAGAGCAGAGAUACGGGACGUCACAAGAGAGAUCUAUCAAACCCUGAGAGACGUUAGUCGUAUGCUGGUGAUUUUUCACAACGGAAGUGACAACAUGGUUGACAUGGCAGAUCUGGGUAUUCUUCAUUUUGACUGCCGAUUGCUAUGGACCUUUAGAGGAAGGUUUCGUCUGAACAAAGAAAUCCAGAAAAAGGUGGACAGUUCACAUCUUUUUGUUGACGCUUCACGUUCUUAUACCAACUACAAUGAAUUAAUAAAGGAAGAGGCUAGAGAAAUAACUUUGUACGCACAUAAAAAUGGCAUCACCCCUGACCCUGAUGUCGUUAGAGAUUGCUGCAUGUACCUCUUGUCAUUGAAUUACUAUGGUGGUAGUAUCAUGGAUUACAGCUGGGCAACCCAUGCUUCCAACUAUUGGGUUUGUGAUGGAAUUGUAGGAGACAAGGACAACCAAGCAGCAUGGGAUGUUGCUGGUAUUCUGCAUCAGGAAAUACGGCUAGAGGACUACUCAUCCAGUACACUGCCCGUGUUUGGUGAUGAAUUAAGUACUCCUCCAGGACGUUGGAUUCUGUUGUUAACCAGCUCUGAUAUGGAAGAGAAGGCAUACCCAGAGACGACAUCCCUUUUCCUAGCACCCCAAAGAGAAUCUGAUCAACCAUUGCCAUCAUUACCUAAUGACAUGUUCCAACAAGCAGACCAACUCCGUGUACUCAAGUUAUGCGGUUGCACAUUCAAAUUUUCAUCACCUCCUUUCCAUUGUUGUUACAACUUAAGAUUCCUUGGACUGGAUAGCUGCAUGGAUCAAGAAAAUCUGGCAGAGCCGGAGAAGGAAGGUGCAGUGGCGAUGGAAAUUUUUCAGAGGCUAUGGGUACUAGAUGUGUGCCAAACAGAUUGGGAAUUGGCUUUUCCUGAAGAAAUACAAGAGCAAGUGGCUACAGAUAUUAGAGAGGUUCAUGUAAGGAAGGGAAGGAUUUGGCGCAAAAGCCUUGCAUGGAGACAGCUACAGAACCUUCACAAGCUUCGAGUAAUCGAGCCUACCGGCUCAUGGGAGACCGGUAAAAAGGAUGAAUUUACAGAUAUGAUAAAGUUGGAACUCCUUCACCUAUCGGGAAACAAUUCUAUACAGGUUUUGCCAAGCUUGUGUGGAGCAACAGGAUUGAAGACUCUGGUCCUAGAUGGCUGUGUUGGGUUGGAUCAUAUUGGCCCUGAAGGAAUACCCCCAUCACUAGAGUCAUUCAGUUUAGAUGGAGGAGCAGGGAAGGAUGGCAAAAAUCCAGCUAAAUUAUCACGAAUCACCUUGGUGGAUUGUGCAAAACUGGUGGACUUCACACUGCUUGGAUCCUUGCCAAACCUUGAGGAGUUGGACCUCUCACGCACAACAGUAAAAACUGUAAACCUCAAAAUGGUGGUCCCAGUGAAAAAACUUGGACGAAUCUUCCUGAUGGGAUGUCAGCAACUACGUGCUAUUAUUUGGCCAGAAAAUGGAAUGAAACAACUAAGGUUACUACGAAUUGAUACUCGACAAGGGGUUGCUGUGCCUAGAGAAACUUCAUACCAUUCUAUUGUUUGCCACCAGAAAGAAGGGUAUCGUCAUGCACAUGUUUCUAUCACGGACAUAAGGUUCCUUCCGUCAUUGGUGCUAACAGAGUCUGAAGCAUUUUGCUGGAGCACAGCCCCAUUUAAGUUGGAUCUGUACCUGUCUUGUAGUAUCAAUGCUGAUGGAGAAAACUGUAACAGUAAGAAGAUGGACCGCCAUUUUUAUAGUACUGGACAAAUAGUUGAGUCUGCACCCAAGUCAUUCAUCCACAAGACAUACAGCACCUACAAUGACGUCAGCAUAAAUCAUAUAGUUACUGAAAAUGAUGAUGAUAGUGGUGUUCUGCAGUUUGAGCCACAAGGCAUCCAUGUUGAGAUGGGACAGGAACUGGUCGACAUCAAUGUGCUUGACUCCCGAGGUAUAAGGGCAAUAAUCUUUGUGAUGAAUAAAGUCCAGUCUUUCCACAUGUGCAACAAUUCUUCAAUUACCACUGUGAUCCCUGAACGCAUGUUGUCUAGUGGAGAAGACAAAAUUAGUUGGGAUGCUUUGAAGUGGUGCCAUGUGCAGAGCUGCCCCAAGUUGAAAACUGUCUUCACUACAAACUACAAUAUCUACUGCUUUAAGGAACUAGAGACCAUUUGGGUUGCUGAUCUCUUGAUGGCCAGCUCUAUCUGGAGCAGAGGAAGGAUAUACAUAGGAAGGGACACUGAUUCCUUUGCAAAACUCCGGGCUAUCCAUCUGUAUCGGUGCCCCAGGCUCAGAUUCGUCCUCCCAUUGUCAUGGUUCUAUACCUUGUCCAGCCUGGAGACUCUCCACAUAAUCGAAUGCAGUGAUCUCAGGCAGGUUUUCCCAGUGGAGGCAGAGUUCCUAAAUGAAAUAGCUACCAAGCAUCCAAAUGGCAUGCUGGAAUUCCCAAUGCUCAAGGACUUGUAUCUGUAUCAUCUCUCCAGCCUGAGACAGAUAUGCGAGGCAAAAAUAUUUGCUCCCAAGCUCGAGACAGUCCGUCUCAGGGGCUGCUGGGGCCUGAAGCGUCUCCCGGCCACCAAACACCGUCGGCACAAUGCUCUCCGUGUCGUCGUGGACUGCGAGAAGGACUGGUGGGACAGUCUGGAGUGGGAUGGGUUGGAUUUUGGCCACCACCCCUCCCUCUUCGCGCCGAGCCACUCAUCAUAUUACAAGAAGCAGAUGCUGAGAGGUGCAGUGCUUCGAUGAGUAGCCAACCUUGGGUGCUUACUGCUGAUCGCUUGCAUCAUCCAGAUUUGAUGAUGGGAUAAUCGAGGAGACGGCCUGCUUCUGUCUCCUCGUGUUUGUUGGCCAAGCUUGUGAAAGUGUGUUUUCUCCAUAUAAACAAUAAUAAGUUGGUGUGUCUGCAUGGUGCCACUGCAUCUACCAAUUCAAUCGGUGUGCUACUGUAUCCUUAUGUGUGCCUGAAAUAAGAGGGUCUGAUAUGGGGCUACUGUGUUGUGUGUCAGUGUGUUUAAGAGUCCCCUAAAACCUACUUUUUACCAUUUUCACGAGUGUGAAUUAUUAUUUUUAUUGUUCCUAAGAAUAUUGCGGACAAAAUUUGUGUACAACGAACCUGACUUGUUACCAUUUCCACGAGUGUAAAUUAUUUAUUUAUCCUGGUCCUCAUUCCUACA